CUGAGAGACAUACUGCCCUCACACGCACACGUGCUUACAACUCCCUCUCACGCACACAUACACACACACCCCCAACAUCCACACACACACCAAAACACAUGGAGUACUACUACUGCACUCUACUGCUGUGGAUCCUAUCCAUGCUGUCAGGGCUCUGUGACUGUUUCAACAUUGACACGAAGAGUCCCAGGAUCAUAAAGGGUCCGAAGCAGACGCAGUUUGGCUACACUGUGCAGCAGCACGCGGCUGGCGGGCAGAAGUGGUUGCUGGUGGGGGCGCCACUGGAAACAAAUGGGCAACAUCAGACAGGUGAUGUGUAUAAGUGUCCUCUGAGCCGAAGAGCUGCAGGCCCCAGCUGCUCCAAACUUAAUUUAGGAAAGAUAUCAUUGACGAAUGUCUCUGAACGUAAAGAUAAAAUGAGACUGGGGAUGACGCUUACCUCCAACCCUAAAGACAACAGCUUUGUGGCGUGUGGCCCACUGUGGUCGUAUGAAUGUGGCAGUUCCUACUACAGCACAGGAAUCUGCUCCAGGGUCAACGGCAGCUUCAAGUUCUCCCGCACCAUUGCUCCAGCUUUCCAAAGAUGUGAAACCUAUAUGGACAUUGUGAUAGUUCUGGAUGGCUCUAACUCAAUUUACCCCUGGUAUGAAGUUCAAGAUUUUCUCAUCAACAUCCUGCAAAAGUUCUACAUUGGACCUGGACAGAUACAGGUUGGUGUGGUGCAGUAUGGGGAGAAGGUAGUGGCUGAGUUCCAGCUGAAUGAUUUUCGCUCAGUAGAAGAUGUGGUGAAAGCUGCCCGCAAGAUAGACCAGAGAGGUGGGGAAGAGACCAACACUGCCCUGGGCAUCAGUGUGGCUCGAUCUGAGGCCUUUAAACGGGGUGGGAGGAGAGGAGCGAAGAAGGUCAUGAUCGUCAUCACGGACGGGGAGUCACACGACAGUCCGAACCUGCAACAGGUCAUCGAGGACAGCGAGAAAGACGGCAUCAUUCGAUACGCCAUAGCUGUGCUGGGCUACUACAACCGGCGAGGGAUCAACCCCGAGGCUUUCCUCAACGAGAUAAAGUACAUCGCCAGUGACCCAGAUGACAAGCAUUUCUUCAAUGUAACUGAUGAAGCUGCUUUGAAGGACAUUGUAGAUGCUCUGGGAGAAAGGAUCUUCAGUCUGGAAGGAACCAGUAAGAACGGGACAGCAUUUGGUCUGCAGAUGUCACAAGCUGGUUUCUCCACACAUAUAGUUGAGGAUGGGAUCCUGGUGGGGGCGGUCGGAGCGUACGACUGGAACGGAGCGAUCCUGAAGGAGACCCGUCAUGGAAAAGUGGUCCCGCCUAAGUCCUCCUACGCAGAGGAGUUCCCUGAGGAGCUAAAGAACCAUGGCGCAUAUUUGGGUUAUACGGUGACGUCAGUGCUGUCAGCACGGAGUGGGCAGCUUUACGUAGCCGGAGCUCCACGUUUCAACCACACAGGCAAAGUUAUCAUCUUCACCCUGAAGAACACAGGGGAGCUCACCAUACUGCACUCACUGAAAGGCCAGCAGAUUGGCUCCUACUAUGGCAGUGAGAUUGCUCCAGUAGACAUCGAUGGAGAUGGAGUCACUGACAACCUGCUGGUCGCUGCCCCUAUGUUCUUUAGCAGAGGCUGGGAAAGGGGCAAAGUCUACAUCUACAGAAUCACUGAACAGCCCCGAUUCAUCCUGGAGGGAGCGCUGGAGCUGCCUGACCUGGGUCAGAAUGCACGGUUCGGCUCUGCGCUGGCCCCAGUGCCGGACUUGAAUGGAGACUCCUUUAAUGAUGUGGUAGUGGGAGCUCCACUGGAGGAUGAGCACCGAGGUGCCAUUUACAUCUACAACAGCCAUCGCAACCGGAUCCUGCGCAAGUAUAAACAGAGGAUCGGUGCGACAGAGCUAACCUCUGGUUUGCAGUACUUUGGGCGGAGCAUUCAUGGGAUGAUGGACAUGAAUGGAGACAGGCUGGUGGAUCUGGCAGUGGGGUCCCUAGGAGCAGCUAUGCUGCUCUGGUCCCGCAGUGUGAUCCGCGUCCAUGCCAAUGUGCGAUUUGAGCCCAGCAAAAUCAACGUCUUCAACAAGGACUGCCAGCGUGGAGGGAAGGACGUCACGUGCAUGUCGGCCAUCGUGUGCCUGAACAUUACUGCCAGGACUCCUAUCAAAGCCACACAGGAAGUAGCUUUUUGGUACAGCGCCAUGAUCGAGGAGAAGCGCUUUAACCCCCGCGCCGUCUUGGAUGAUUCGGAGAGACAGCAGCAGCCACGGAACCUCACACUACUCUCCGAGCAGGAGGCCUGUGAGCACAUCUACUUCCACGUAACGGACACAGUGGACUAUGCCAGACCCAUCAUAUUUACAGUGGAAACAGGCUUACAGGAUCCAGACCAUGGUCCCACGCUCGAUGACAGCUGGCCAACCACCUUCAAAACCCAGCUUCCUUUCUGGAACGGCUGUGAUGAGGAUGAUCACUGUGUUCCAGACCUGGUGAUACAGUCCCAGACUGAUCUAAUAAACCGAAAGCAGUUCUGUGGGGACGCAUUUCGCGCAGGCAGUGUGUUGUGUCGAGGGCCCCCAGCUGAAGUCACUGAGCGAGUGAUCGAGGGCUCCCGGCGGAAGAUGGUUGUGGACACUCGAUUGGAGAACCAAGGGGAGAACGCUUACGGAGCCCGCCUCAACAUCUCAUACUCCAGAAACCUUCACUUCUCCAGCCUUAUAGUGAAGGAUAACUCCGACACAAAGAUCAACUGUCGCGGUGGGGACAAGUGGAGAAACCAGAAGCUCUGCAACGUGAGCAGCCCCUUCAUGAGGGCUAAGACGCAGGUCACCUUUCGUUUGGAGUUUGAAUUCAAUAACUUUGUGCUGCUGGACCAUGUUCAGGUCAUUCUGGAGGCCAGCAGUGAUGGGGAGGAGGUGGCUUUGCAUGACAACAGCAACCACAUUUUCUACACACUGAGAUAUGAAGCUGACCUGCUCUUCACAAGGGCCUCCAGUCCACCACGCUGGGAGCUCAAAGCGGACCUCUCUCUGGAGAAGCCUGCAGACAUGCAGCCGCCUUUCAACUUCACCUUCCAGCUCCAGAACCUGGGUCACUUCCCUGUGAGAAACCUCCAACUGAACAUUAUGAUCCCAGAAAUGACAAAAAAUGGGAAUCAGCUGCUGCAGAUCCAAGAUUUCUACACAGACCAGGAAGAUGGAACUCAGUGCAUUCCCACUCAGCACGUAGCACAUAGUCGAGCAUCACCAGAAGACCUAACCCGCGUCUCACGUUUGAAUUACACCAACACCCUGACUGUGCCAGUUCAGUGCACUGUGAACUUGACCUCCUACAGGGAUGUCAGCAUGACGAUCAGUGGGUUCCUACGUGUUGACUCUCUCCAUGCACUGAAGUUCAAAACGCUGGAGCUGGUAACAACGGCCUCGAUGGAGCUGAGCUCUGCUAGCCCCAUGUUCCUUCAUGAAGACAGACCCGUCAGACACAUAAUUCUGGAGAUUAGGAAAGAGGAAGAUUACCGUAUUCCCAUCUGGAUUAUAAUUGGCAGUACACUAGGAGGGCUGCUGCUACUCUCCCUCCUUAUUCUAGCUCUGUGGAAGCUAGGUUUUUUCCAGAGGCAGAAGCGCAGAGAGGAGGUGGAAAACGAGGCCAAUGGGAAGGUGGCAGAGGAGCGAUAACGCAGGCUACCCACAGGGUUCAACCUGCUUCAACUCUCAGGGAGCGUCCCACAAUUACACUACAUGUCUCUAGAGUGGGGAAUGAGUGAACAAAGAAGAUGGAUGGAUGGAUGGAUGGAUGGAUGGAUGGAUGGAUGGAUGGAUGGGUGGAUGGAUGGAUGGCAAGACAGGUAAAUGAGUAAAGAAAGAAAGUUAAAGUAAGAGAGAGAGGGGGAAAAGGGCAAAUGUAAUGAAGAGAGACUUUCAUGAAGUUAAACAUGAGACAGACAGAGAGGGAGGAAAUGGAGGAUUUGCUCUGUGCACUGGAUGAUCUGUUGCUUUUCAUGAGAAAAAAACCAAACAAAAAGAAAAACACUGCAACGCCCUUCUCCUGGCCUGCACUGCUUACUGAGCCAUACACAACGAACUUGGAAAUGACUCCCCAAUUCUUCAAUCACACUCUACAUAGGCUUUAGUCCCUCACUCAAAAAUAAGUAAAUAAACUAUUAUUCUUGGGAAAUCACUUAAAAGAAAAAUGUCUGGGAAACACAUUCAAGACAAAGACUUCUGGGAAUAUGAGUUUUCACAUGUUACUGACUCACCACUGUUCUUUUGCCAAAUUAAAUGCUUUAUUUUCCAAACACACAGGAAAAAAAAACUCAGAGGGCCUUGAUUGUUCACAGCAGCAACAUUUACUGUGCCUUUUUUUCUCUGAAAGUAGGACACGUUGGAAAAAGAGAGUGCAGGGAAUGGGAAGCAAAGGUUCUCACAAGGCCUGGCUUGCUUUUUGUAAUGAUGUCAACAGACAUGCAAGAUGUACCAUUAAGCACUGGCAUAACUAGCUCCUUGUUUUUGUUUUUUGCAGUGUUUAUAAUUUAUUGAUAUGAAAAUAAAUAGUGUUUUGGAUUUUUUUUCUACAGUGUUUCAAUAGAAUGUCCUCAUGUGGUGUUCAGAAAUAACAAUACAUUCAUAUUGCCCUAGGAGGCAAUUACCUUACUAUUGGUCCUUCAUAACAAUAAUUAUCUAUACUUUCAAAGAAUGUUGAUUGAUAUUGAGAUUUUUUUCCUUGUCUAAUUUUUUUUUACCUAAUUAUUUUUGAUGCACUUUUUAAUAUCGCAGAAAGUCAAACUUGAAUUUUGUAAAUAUACAAGUAUCUGUUUUUGUUUGUUAUAAUCAAAAUGAUGGAAAUUUUGUAAUAUUGCUUCCACGAGGACUGGGGCAUUACAAUGUAACUAGAGACAUCAACCCUAGUUUAGUUUAUAAGAAAAGAUUGUAGUGUUCAUCUUUACAUAUGCUCGGCAUUUUGUUUUAAUAGCUUUCUUUUGUACAGUAUGUUUUUAACCAAACCCAGUUUCUUCAUGUGUGGCACAAAAAUAAAUUGUCCAGAAUAGUUCCAAAUAUUCAAGUUUCUCAAGUUAUGGUCAAAAUCGUUAAAACUGAAAUACGUAAUAUAGGCAGAGAAAUUUAAUUGUAGGUCUCAUAUGCUCUUUUAUCUAUAAGGUGCAUGUCAAAAAAAAUUAGAACGAGCAAGUAUUUGUACAAAACAGAAUUAAAUAAAUGUCAAU